AAUCGUAACAUCCAAUACAAUUCAAUACUCUCCAAUACUUCCCAAUACUUUCCAAUACAUAUACCAUCUGAAAGUCGUUUGUACAACACAGCGUCUGCAACGUGUUGCCGCACUUUAUAUCACUUUAUUUCACUUUAUAACUCACCUAGAAGAGACAUAUAAUUUAAAAGUACUUUAAAUACGAGAGUGCCUAUCUAUUCAUGAUUUGGAAUCGCUCUUCUGUCUAGCAUUUUACCUAACCGUACCCCACAGUCUUCUGACGUACUCGAUCGAGUCACUUGCUCAAGCUUGCCACAUUACCUCGAUAACUUUUAGAACAUUCCAGGUGCUUUUAACUCGGUCAAUAUCGACAAGUUCUCGAAACUCGAACUCGAACUCGAACUCGAAAUUCGAACUCCCCCGAACCUCGUUAGCAUCUAAUCUAACGAAACUCAUCUUGCCUCGCUCUCUAGAAUAUUGCGCCAUCGUAGGCGCUUUGUAGGGAAAGAUCUCUAAGAUCUAGCUAGGGCUUUAAUCAUGGGUCGUCCAAGGCUUAUAAUACUGAUCAGACAUGCUCAGUCUGAGGGCAAUAAGAACCGCGAGAUUCACCAAACCAUCCCUGAUCACAGAGUCAAGUUGACCCAGGAAGGAUGGCAGCAAGCUCGUGAAGCUGGUCUCAAGCUACGAGCCUUGCUUCGACCAGACGACACCCUCCAAUUUUAUACCUCGCCGUACCGACGAACGAGAGAGACAACCGAAGGGAUUCUAGAAACUCUAACAUCCGAUGAUCCUGAUCCCUCACCUUUCAAGCGUAGGAACAUGAAGGUGUACGAGGAGCCGCGGUUGAGAGAACAAGAUUUUGGAAACUUCCAACCAUGCAGUGCCGAAAUGGAACGCAUGUGGCAAGAGCGUGCUGAUUAUGGACACUUCUUCUAUCGUAUUCCCAACGGCGAGAGCGCUGCCGACGCUUAUGACCGUGUAUCGGGAUUCAACGAGAGUCUAUGGCGUCAGUUCGGAGAAGAUGAUUUCCCCAGCGUCUGCGUUUUAGUAACCCAUGGUCUUAUGUCCCGUGUCUUCCUAAUGAAGUGGUAUCACUUCUCUGUCGAAUACUUCGAGGAUCUACGCAAUGUCAACCAUUGCGAAUUUCUUAUCAUGAAGAAGCAAUUAGACAGCGGCAAAUAUGACUUGGAAAAUAAGCUUAGGACGUGGUCCGAACUACGCCGUGAGAGAGAAGCCCAAAAGGCAAAAGAGGAAAAGGAACUAACUGAUACCGGGAGGAAGAAGGAAUUAAGCAAGAUAGAGAGGCAGAACAGCCAUCCGAUUGCACCACGCCGUUGGGGCGGCUGCCCUCAAGGUUGUAACCAUGGAAAGGAUUUCAAGAUACGACGCGACCUAGCAGAGCUACGGCAGCAUGACGAGGACAGCGCGAAGAACGGUUUUGCCCAUGCUGUUCCUGAGGUUAAUGGCACUAUAGCGAGUCGUCGUACUCCGGCUAAGAGGGUUCAAGGACCCAACAACUCUGAUGACGAUUCAGAUGAUCCUCGCGGUAGAGCCGCACCUCACAUCGACGUCAUUAAGGCCCAGGAAGAGGUUGUUUCUUCCCCAGAUGGAACACCUUCAUAUAUCACAAUCGAAGACAGGCUUCGAAACGCGCUCAAGACUCCACAGAAGUCGAUGUUUUUACAUACUGGGCGCGACUUCGGCGGCACGUUAUCGGGGCACGCUAGCGAGGAGGAAUUCUCGGAAAACGAUGCCCGCGAACGUCUUGCUGCUAAAGUCGCGCGAGUUAGAAACGGUGAGAGGUCGUUGCUUAAUGGCAGAGAUCCAUCGGUUACACGACACGCGCACGCUAAUAAGCUUGGUGAUGCGCCGAACAACUCCGACCAAGGAUCCGAUGGAGGCGAUGAGGCGGAAGAUAUCGACAAGGCCGAGCGCGAGGAUAAGAGCAUCAGAGGCAGUGUCUACUAGGGCGGAGUCUGGUUGGUUUCAAUGUAUGUUACCUCUUUCUCACAUAUUGGAGAUACCCUUUAUGAUUAGCGCAUAUGAAUAGACUGGAAAAUAUGAGGUCUUGAGAUAAUUUUAGGUAUGCUGGAUGGACGAAAUGAAUGAUUUUCAAUGAAGCAUAUUGAGAGAUUUCAUGUAUACGACUAAGAGUAACUCUUCAUCUGUUGGUCUAUUUCUUUUAUGAAGCCAUAUCUGUUUCUUCUCGAAAUGUUAACAUAAAGCUACGGUUCACUAAGUGUGUUUCUGCCCUUUGAGAAUUCACAGAAC